AUAGAGUGUGCCGACUAAUGCACUUCUAGUUUCUCGGCAGUUGAGGGCUAAAAUACAUCAAGGAAGCAAGCCAAAAAGAUUGCUCAGCAAUAACUGCCAUCUCCCAAAGGCUGAGCUAACCCUUGCAAAAACAGCAUGAAAAUAAUUAUGUGGAAGCUACUAAGGGCAGCUCUUCUUUGCUAUUUCUUUGGUAUUUCUGUGCUGGUUGCACAGUAUGACCAUGAAUUUGAAGUGCAGUAUCAAAAUGGCUUUGAAAACGAGAUUAAAGAAGAGGAGGAGGAAGCUACGCCAACUCCAUGUGAGUCCUCAGAACUCAGCAGAUGGGACAAACUUUUUGCAAUGCUGGAAAACUCACAGAUGAAAGAAAAUAUGCUGCUCCAGUAUGUGGAUGACAUUCUGAAAGUGGAGGUCCAAAGCCUGCGUACUGAAAUGCUCCAGUUUGUUGCUAAUUUUGCCGGAACUUGCACCAAUGCUGUUGACAGUGCCAAAACACGCAUAAUUUCACAGCUGGACAGGAAAUUAAUGGAAAUCACAGACAGGAUUAAGGGUACCGACAAUACAUGUCAGUCUGAAAAUGAAGAAAGGCUGGGACAGCUGCUAGCAAGUGGCCAGGACAUCAUUAACAAACUCAGCAAAAUAGAAAAUGCCUGGCAAAACACAGCGGAAGCAAAUGGCUCCGACUCUGAAGUCAAACUGCAGGAUGGCUCUGUUUGUAUGGGGUUAGAAAAGGUUAUAGAUUCUUUGGCAUCUAAUCUUCAACAGACUCAAAAGAAACUAGAGCUUACUCAGAUGUGGGCUAGUCAACGCUUCCUGCCUGCAGGGUGUGAAAUGGCUCUUCUGUUUCCAAUGAGGUCCAAAAAGAUUUUUGCCAGUGUCAGUCCUGUUGCAGCAAUGGCUCUAAAUGCCUUUACUGCUUGCAUUUGGGCUAAAGUGACAGAAGCACUCAACAAAACAGUCCUUUUCUCAUAUGGAACCAAGAGGAACCCCUACGAGAUUCAACUCAGUCUAAGGCAGCAGUCAGUCAUCCUAAUGGUAGGAAAUGAACAGCACUCAGUGGUUGCUGAGAAUGCUGUGUCUGCUGGACAAUGGGCUCAUAUCUGUGGAACAUGGAACUCUGAAGAAGGAAAAUCAUCUGUAUGGGUAAAUGGAGAACUUAUGACAACCGCUCUAGGAGUGGCAGAAAGCCACACAAUCCCUGAUGGCGGCAUCUUACAACUUGGCCAAGAGAAAAAUGGUUGUUGUGUGGGAGGAGGAUUUGAUGAAAACCUGGCCUUUUCUGGAAAGCUCACGGGAUUCAAUCUUUGGAAUAGAACUCUGAAUGGUACAGAGAUAAUCCACUUAGCUACCAGCGAAGAUUCAUGUAAUGUCAGAGGCAAUGUGAUUGGCUGGGGUGUUACGGAAAUUAUCCCCCAAGGAGGUGCCCAGUAUAUCCAUUAGGAUAAUGAACUGAGUAACAUCACACAACUUCCCGGAAACUGCAUUAAAAAAAUAAUCGGUAAACUGCAUUAAAAAAAUUAUUUCCCCCUUUUUCAAACUAAAAAUUGCAUUUACAUUAAUUAAACCUAGGAUAGGGGAAUAAUGCUUUUUGGAAACAGAUGCUAAUUACAUACAGACAUGACAUCUACAGUAAAUGCAAUUUAUUAAAUCCUUGUUUACAUUUAAAAAUACUUCAAGUGAUAUCUUGUAUGCUGGGUAAACAUCACAACUAUAUUAUUAAUCAAAAAAACUAUCACCAACGUUUUUCCAGUUUUACUCUAUGAUAAUAAAUUUGUCAAACAAAUAUCUCAGAUACUUUAGCAUGAUGUAAAUGGAGACAGAAAGCUGGAAUGCAACACAGUCAUACAUAAAUACAGUGUUCUUAUUUGAAUGAAGAGAAAAUUA